AUGGCGUCGACAUCAGGUGCACGUGCUGAAUUAAGAGCGGUUUUAAGCGAAAAUAGCACUUUAAAUGUAAAUUUUAUUGAUGAUAGUGAUGAUAGUGUAGCAGAUAAAGACUUUAGGCCCAGUAGCGAUGAUUUUUCGUCUCAAUCUAGCGAGGAUGAAUUGCAGGAACCAAUACCAAGGCUUUUUGAAGAUAAGGAGGUAAAUCCAGAGAAGAGAAAACCAACAAGAUGGAGACAAAGAAAUGAGGAACACUAUGAUCGAAAUGACAGAAAAAGAAGCCUUCCAAAUGAAGUGAGAUUAGCGGAAGUUGGUAGACAUUUAUGCCAAACAAAAGAAAAAUUGCAGGCGAUGUAAUUUUGGACCAUUUUUCUAUUCCUCACACUAUCAGCAUUUAUUCAAGCAGACAAACGACCAUGUAAAUGUUGGGAAGGUUACAGAGUGGAUUUUAGUAGCACUGGGCCUCAAUGUGUAGCCAUCAAUCUAUUUCAUAUUAUGCCUUGUAAUAUGAUAAAAUCGCCAAAGUGUAAAUGUUCCGGACGAGUAAGCAAUAUCUUGAAGGACAGGACAGGUACUUGGUGUACACGAUAUAGAAAGGGACAAGAAUACAUGAGAUGGCCAUGUGAGAAUGUACAAGAAUGGGAUGAUUUCUUUAAAAAGCAUCCAGAUUUUAUUUAA